AUGCAGGUCAGAGAGGCGACGGAGCUGUUGCUGAGCAUCACGUGCACCCGUGAUACGACAAGCCUGUACAACCACGACAUAGCCCUGCUGAAGCUCCACACACCUGCAGUCCUCUCUAACUACAGCCUCCCCAUCUGCCUGGGGCCCAAGGCUGAGAUCCUGCUGAGAGAGGCCUCCAAAUGGAGCAGGAUGCACUUCCAGGGCCACGAAGCCUCUUUUAUUGAACUAGGCAACAGUAGCGGCAACGACAACAACAGUGUCGGCGGCAACGACAACAACAGUGUCGGCGGCAACGACAACAACAGUGUCGGCGGCAACGACAACAACAGUGUCGGCGGCAACGACAACAACAGUGUCGGCGGCAACGACAACAACAGUGUCGGCGGCAACGACAACAACAGUGUCGGCGGCAACGACAACAACAGUGGCGGCGGCAACGACAACAACAGUGGCGGCGGCAACGACAACAACAGUGGCGGCGGCAACGACAACAACAGUGGCGGCGGCAACGACAACAACAGUGGCAGCGGCAACGACAACAACAGUGGCAGCGGCAGACAACAACAGUGUCGGCGGCAACGACAACAACAGUGGCAGCGGCAGACAACAACAGUGGCGGAGGCAACGACAGCAGUGGCAGCGGUAGACAACAACAGUGGCAGCGGCAACAGUGUCAGCGGUAACGACAGCAACAGUGGCAGCGGUAGAGGUGGCAGCAGCAGACAACAACAGUGUCGAAGGCAGCAACAACAGUGUCGGCGGGCAACGACAACAACAGUGGCAGCAGCGACAACAACAGUGGCAGAGGCAACGACAACAACAGUGGCAGCGGCAACGACAACAACAGUGGCAGCGGAGCAGCAACAGUGGCAGCAGCAACAACAGUGGCAGCGGGACAACAACAGUGGCAGCGGCAACGCAGCAACAGUGUCGGCGGCAACGACAACAACAGUGGCAGCGGCAGACAACAACAGUGGCAGCGAGGACAGUGUCAGCGGUGGACAACAGAGGGCAGCAGCAGCAACAACAGUGUCGGCGGCAGACAACAACAGUGGCAGCAGACAACAACAGUCAGUGGUAGCGGGAACGCAGCAGUCGGCGGUAGACAACAACAGUGGCGGCAACGCAACAACAGUGGCGGUAACGAGUGGCGGCAGCAGUGGCGGUAACGACAACAACAGUGGCGGCAGCAGUGGCAGCGGCAACGACAAGCAACAGUGGCAGCGGCAACGACAAGCAACAGUGUCGGCGGCAACGACAGCAACAGUGGCAGCGGCAACGACAACAACAGUGGCGGCGGCAGCAGCAACAGUGGCAGCGGCAGCAACAACAGUGGCGGCAGACAACAACAGUGUCGGCAACAGUGUCGGGCAGCAGCAACAGUGGCAGCGGCAGACAACAACAGUGGCAGCAGCAGCGGUGGCAGCGGGAGCAGCAGUGGCAGCGGCAGACAACAGUGUCGGGAGCAGCAGCAGUGGCAGCGGAACGCAGCAGUGGCGCAGUGGCAGCGGCAACAACAACAACAGUGUCGGCAGCAGACAGUGGCAGCGGCAGCGACAGCAACAGUGUCGGGCGGCAACGGAACAACAGUGGCAGCGGCAGACAGCAACAGUGGCGGCGGCAACAACAACAACAGUGGCAGCGGCAACAACAGUGGCAGGGCAACAGUGGCGGCAGCAACAACAGCAGUGGCAGCGGCAACGUAACAACAGUGUCGGCGGCAACGACAACAACAGUGGCAGCGGCAACGACAACAACAGUGUCGGCGGCAACGACAACAACAGUGGCAGCGGCAACGACAACAACAGUGGCAGCGGCAGCGACAGUGGUGGCGGCAACGACAACAACAGUGGCAGCGGCAACGGUAACAACAGUGUCGCGGCAACGACAACAGCAGUGGUGGCGGCAGCAGUGUCGGAGGCAGACAACAACAGUGUCGGCAGCAGUGGUGGCAGCGAGCAGCAACAGUGGUGGCGGCAGCAGUGUCGGCGGCAACGUGGGGCGGCAACGACAACAACAGUGUCGGCGGCAACGACAACAACAGUGUCGGCGGCAGACAGCGUGUCAGCGGCAACGACAACAACAGUGGCAGCGGCAGGUGGCAGCGGCAGCAGCAACAGUGUCGGGCGGAGUGGCAGCGGCAACGACAACAGUGUCGUGUCGGCGGCAGACAACAACAGUGGCAGCGGCAACGACAACAACAGUGGCAGCGGCAACGACAACAACAGUGUCGGCGGCAACGACAACAACAGUGGCAGCGGCAACGACAACAACAGUGUCGGGGCAGACAACAACAGUGGCAGCGUAGAGUGGCAGCGGCAACGCAGUGUCGGCGGCAACGACAACAACAGUGGCGCAGCGACAACAACAGUGGUAGACAACAACAGUGUCGGCGGCAACGCAACAUGCGGCGGCAACGACAACAACAGUGGCGCAGCAACAACAGUGUCGGCGGUGGCGGCGGCAACGCAACAGUGGCAGCGGCAGCAACAACAGUGUCGGAGCAGCGGUAGAGGGCAGCAGCACAACAACAGUGUCGGCGGCAGCAGCAACAGUGGCGGCGGCAGCGACAACAACAGUGGCGGGCAGACAACAACAGUGGUAGCAGGCAACAACAGUGGCGGCGGCAACAACAACAGCAGUGUUGGCGGCAGAGUGGCGCAGGCAGUGGCGGCGGCAGACAGCAACAGUGGCGCGGCAGUGGCGGCAGCAGACAACAACAGUGGGGCAGCAGUGGUGGCGGCAGAGGGAACGCAGCAGUGGCGGCGGCAACAGCAGAGUGGCAGCAGCAACAGUGUCGGCGGCAACGACAACAACAGUGGCAGCAGCAGUAGUGGAGCAGCAGUGGUAACAGCGGGAGCAACAACAGUGGUGGUGGCGAGUGGUAGAGGCGGGUAG